GACAUCAAAACCUACAAUUGAGAACGGGGACUCUUACAACAGACAGCAAUAAAGCUUGUGACGGUUAUACUAGUUGUAUGGGUCGGCAUUGGUCUAUGACUUCCAUGAGAUAGAAACGAGACUCAUAUAUAUCCUUGAAUAUGUCGCAUCAACGGGCUACCUCGACCUUGGACGGAGUGAAAGAACCGCAUUCAGUCAGUUUGAAGGUUUUAAGACUUUCUCGUCCAUCGCUUUCAAUUCAGCAUCCACUUCCCACACCAUCUCCUUCACCCCCUCUAAAUCUCAGCCUUCCCGCCCCUUCAGCCUCUCUCUCAUACCCAUCUCCCACCCCUUCGAACUUUAUUCUCUCUCCUCUUCUCACACUUCCUCCAGCUUUUGGAUCUGCAUAUGUAGGAGAGACAUUCAGCUGUACUCUUUGCGCUAAUAAUGAGCUCCCCUCUCCAAUUUCUCAACCCGCUCAAACUCACACCUCCCCGGAUAUCGCAACCUCAGCCAAUUCCAACAAAAUAAUAUCAAACAUCACUCUCACCGCGGAAAUGAAGAUCCCUUCCACACCAACUCCUAUACUGCUCCCUCUUUCUGGUCCUGAGUCUCCCCCACAAGUCUCUACCACCUCCGAUGAAGAAACCCCGGAAGCACAAAUCACAUCUCAGACUUCAUUACAGAAAGUCCUUCAUUUCGAUCUCAAAGAAGAAGGCUCUCACGUUCUGGCUGUCACAGUAACUUAUACUGAAUCAUCCCCAUCCUCUCCUCCACGCACUCGCACAUUCCGUAAACUAUACCAAUUCAUCUGUAAAGGCUGUCUCGUUGUCCGUACCAAAAUCGGACCACUACCUUUCCAGAAGUCCACCCUCUCAAAUGUUUCCUCGUCUAAAAAAUACGCAUUGGAAGCCCAAUUAGAAAAUAUCACAGAAGAUAAUCCUAUUACAUUGACUUUGGUUCAUUUGGCCACUACCAAGGGAUUUAAAGCUACGAGCUUAAACUGGGAAAUUGUAGUUUCUGAUUCAGAAAAGGAGAAUGGAGGAGAUGUGGAAUUGGAGAGACCCGUACUAGCACCAGGAGAUAUUCGACAGGUUUGCUUUUUGGUCGAAGAAAAAGUUCCUGGUGAUGAUGGGGAAGUCGCGGAUAGUGUAGAGGGGGGGAAAGAAAGCGAAAUUAUAGAUGGAAGGUUGAUAUUUGGCGUAUUGAGUAUAGGGUGGAGGGGCGCCAUGGGAAAUAAAGGGUUUUUGAGUACGGGGAAUCUGGGAACUAGGGUCCAGAAUAUUCAAUAGUUCGGACUGCAAUCUAAUAAUAUAAGGUUUUGAAUAUCCAAAGGCAAUUGGAAUCUGAAAAUGAUUCAAUAUUCCAAUCAAAUUUAACAUCUCAAAUGAUUUGAACGUUCUAACUAGUUUGAAGGGUUUCAAAUAUUUAUUAUUGAACUGCA